CUAUUCUUUCCAACUAAACAUCCUUGUUUUCAAUCACCCUUUCAUACACAACCACCAAAAAACAAAACAAAAACUAAAAUAUCUUUUUGUGAAAUUCAAUGGGGUUUUUGUGAACUAAAAUUUUGUUAAAUUCUUCGGUAUAGUUAAUGCAAGUCAGAAUUUGUCAAAUGAGCUGAAAAUGUACGGUGAAAGUGACUCCUCGAACGCAAUUGCAAGAGAUAUGAACUCGUUGUUACAUACGUCUACGUUUAAGCAUCCUUCGAAUAUCAAGGAAUUGAUUUCUUCGGAUCUGUAUUCGAAUAUUAAUCAUGAUAAUAAUCAUAAUUACAAUCAGAGCCAAAACCAAAACCAGAACCAGAACCAGAACCAGAGCCACAAUCAGAAUCAAAACGAUCAACUUCCUAGCCUAGGAAGACAAACUCAAACCUCAUUAAUGCGUUACCGCUCUGCUCCUAGCGCAUUCUACGCAAAUCUACUAGACGAAAGCGGAUGCGACGACUUUCUUGCUUCCGACGCCUCAAAUCACGAGCCAGAAGACAAGAUCUUUUUCAAACAACAACAACCACCACCGCCACUUUACCAACAACAGCUCCAUCCAAAUUCACACGAACUUUCACGAUAUCCACAAUCGCCAACAUCUAUGAAAAUCGAAACAAACGUAGAAUCGGGAAUUCAUAAGGCAGAUUACGCGACCCCGGUGUCUACGAUAACCAUGUACAAUGGUAAUUCGUAUCAACAAGGAUCACAUUUAUCACAAAACAAUCAUAACAAUAUUUAUAAUAAUCAUAAUAAUGAUAAUAAUAAUAAUGAUCAGCUAGGCAGUUCAUCUACAUUUAGAUCCAUAAAUUCAACAAGUUCGAAUCUCGUUAGACAAAGUAGCUCUCCAGCUGGAUUUUUGUCCUCGUUGAAUACCGAAAUUAAUGGUUUUGCAGCCAUGAGAGGUGCGGAAAAUAAAAUGAAUUCAUCAAGUAGACUGAGUAAUCAUAUAGAUUUCACAUCAGAGCCUACUUCAUCCCCAAUGCUCUUGCCUCAAAUUCCCGAAAACAGAAAUGAGAUUAGUGAUUCAACAUUUGGGAACUUGAAAAGGACUAGAGAGGGUGGUUCAAAAGUUUUACAAAGACAGAAUGGAAUAUCUGGACAUUAUACUCCUAGUUUGGUUCAUCAUAUGAGCUUGCCAAAAACGUCUUCUGAAAUGUUAACUGCUGAAAAGUACUUGCGAUUUGAACAAGAUGACAAUGUCGUCCCUUGCAAGACACGUGCCAAAAGAGGAUUCGCUACACACCCACGAAGCAUUGCAGAGAGGGUGAGAAGAACCAGAAUAAGUGCUAGAAUGAAGAAACUACAAGAGCUUUUCCCUACCAUCGACAAGAACACAAGCACAGCAGACAUGUUAGAUUUAUCUGUUCAGUACAUUAAAGAUCUUCAAAAAGAUUUGCAGACUCUCAAAGACGCUCGGUCAAGGUGCAAAUGCUCAAGUACUGAAUGACGGACAUGUUCAUUGAUCACAUAACUUGCUUUAUGUUAUGUCUUACUAUCGAAGAAGAUGAAAACAGGUCCAAAGGACUGCGAUUCUGCGAAGCUGGCCGUUUGUAUAUGAACACACUAGUUUAAACCUUUAUGGCAUUAUAAAUUCGAGAUUUUCAUUUUGUUUGGGUGGCAAUAAGUCACGAUUAGUUUAUAAGUCCUGUUUAUAAGGAAGUUUUCUUUUAAUCCUUUUUAGUACACGAUGUUGUUUGAUUUUGUUUAUUAGAUCAAACAUUAUAGGGAUAAUUAGUUCAGAAUGAAUUAAACUUUUAUCUUCUUAUUA